GUCAGUCCCCGAGCGAGCGCCGGUGGCUGGGCUGGUAGCCCGGCAGGCAGCCGCAGGUGGAGCUGCUCGCUGCCAGGGACCUAGCCAGGGGGCCCCCGGAGCCCCGCGCCCGGUGUGCCCAGGAUGCCCCGCGGGGACUCAGAGCAGGUGCGCUACUGCGCGCGCCUCUCCUACCUCUGGCUCAAGUUCUCGCUCAUCAUUUACUCCACAGUGUUCUGGCUGAUCGGGACUCUGGUUCUGUCAGUGGGGAUCUAUGCAGAGGUCGAGCGGCAGAAAUACAAAACCCUUGAAAGUGCCUUUCUGGCCCCGGCCAUUAUCCUCAUCCUCCUAGGAGUCAUCAUGUUCAUCGUCUCCUUCAUUGGCGUGCUGGCCUCCCUUCGUGACAACCUGUGCCUUCUUCAAGUGUUUAUGUACAUCCUUGGGAUUUGCCUCAUAAUCGAGCUCACUGGUGGCGUGGUGGCCUUGCUCUUCCGGAACCAGACCAUCGACUUUCUGAACAACAACAUCCGACGAGGAAUCGAGAACUACUAUGACGACCUGGACUUCAAAAACAUCAUGGACUUUGUUCAGAAGAAGUUCAAGUGCUGUGGCGGGGAAGACUACCGAGACUGGAGCAAAAACCAGUACCAUGACUGCAACGCCCCUGGACCCCUGGCCUGCGGGGUGCCCUACACCUGCUGCAUCCGAAACACGACACAAGUUGUCAACACCAUGUGUGGCUACAGAACCAUUGACAAGGAGCGCCUCAGCGUGCAGGACGUCAUCCACGUGCGGGGCUGCACCAACGCCGUGAUCAUCUGGUUCAUGGACAACUACACGUUCAUGGCGGGCCUCCUGCUGGGCAUCCUGCUCCCCCAGUUCCUGGGGGUACUGAUGACGCUCCUGUACAUCACCCGGGUGGAAGACAUCAUCACGGAGUACUCGGUCACCGACGGGCUCCUGGGGCCUGGGGCCAAGCCCAGAGUGGAGACAGCAGGCACAGGAUGCUGCAUGUGCUACCCCAGCUAGGGCUGGCCUGGGGCAGUGGCCCCAGUGGGACGUGCCAGCGGAGCGCCGUGUCGUGGGGGCUGGAUGGGACAGUGGUCCUUCUUCCCAGUCCGCACUGGCCAAAGCCCAGGCUGUUUGCUCUGGUGGCCGGCUCAGGCCUCCCAUGGCCACUGCCUGCCCGGAGGACAGAGCCUGAGGUCCUACCCAGCUUGAGUUCUGUGUCUGCUCACAUCGUUGGACACUGGGUAUGAGGGUGGCCCUUCGCUAGGCCUGGGCCGCCGCGGAAGGGUCAGCGCUCAACUCAGGGCUGUUUCCCUUCUGGCAGUGCCUUGCCUCAUGUUUAUGCCCUUCUGGGUGUGUCUUUUAGUGACCUGUAAAUGGGGAGAGAGGAGAACAGGUGUGCCCUGCGGUGACAGAAGGGAGGGUGCAGACCCCGGGCCCCAGGCCCUCGUCCAUGCCCCAGGGGCCCGUACUCAGCCUCCAGGUGCCUUGAGCCCUCCUCAUGGGCUCCUGCUUUGCUUGAUCCUGUUUUUUACAUGAUUUUGUAACAUUUAUUUUGUACACAGUUAACAGGAGUUUCUGACUAAUCAAAGCCGGGUGUUUCCUAUGCACUCCACUUUUGCCCCUCCA